GUUGCGGGGUGAAAAGCACGCCGCAAGAUUCAAUGAUAUUAAGUUUUGCUGGGUAUUUAUCACCCCGCAAAAUUCUUUAAGAAAACAUUUGCAUUUCCAUUUCCCCCACACUCAGUACACACCAACACCACCGAAAACUCUUUUCCCCUCUCUCUGUUUCUCCUAACAUGCCACUGCAAAACCCAAAAAAACCCUAAAAAUUCCAAUUUUUUUUCACAAAUCAAGACUCAAAGUAAAGUUGCUGGGUUCGAGUUUCCUUUUGUUGCUGGGUUCAUCUCUUCCUCCAACCCAUUGUUGCUGGUUCAAGUUUCCUUUUGCUGCUGGGUUCAUCUCUUCCUUUUGUCCAGUGAAGAAAAUACAUUCAGAAGAAAAUUCGAUCGUGAAGAGUAUUUCGAACGAGCUCGGGAGCGUGAGAGACAGGAGGAAGAGUUGUAUAAAGCACCUUGGAAGACUUUUGGACAACUUAUGAAGAAGGAUCGUGAAUUAUAUAACCGUUGGUUCGACAAAUUUCGGGAGAAGUGUGUAUGGCACACACUUGAUGAAGAGUUGGUUGAGAUAAAUUUUAGGAAAAGAGCAUCGGCACGACUUUCAGAUAUGCUUAGGCGUGCCAGAAAUGGAUAUGAAGAAAGAGGGAUCAGACCUCUAUGGAUGGGAGAAAAUGUGUUUAAAGAAAUGCUUGUUUAUUGGAAAACAGAUGAGUUUAAGAAAAAAUCUGAAAAAGCAAAGCAACGUAGAGCAUCAGAAAGGGGAGCCGCCAAUCAUAGAGCCGGAAGCAUUAGUAUUGCUGAUCAUGCUGAACGAAUGGCUGUGGCUAAGAGAAGAGCUCCAUUAAUGCAAGAGCUUCACGAGAGGACUUAUCGGGGAAGAGAUGGAGAGUAUUGCGACGACCGUGCUAGAGAUACUCAAGCGGAGUACAAAAGGUUGAAGAAGGAGUUUUUAGCUAAACAUCCUGAGUUAGGCGGUCCACGUGGACGAUAUCCUCUUGAUCCAGCUAUUGAUCAGUAUUUGUGGUUGCAAGCAAGUAAGGGAAAGAAGAGAAAUGGUAAAAUUUAUGCUACAGGACCUUUAGCUAGCAACUACAAAAGAGGGGAUAGGUAUUCUUUAUUUAGGAGAAUUGCAGACGGGGAAGGAUCUUCACGUCCUCCGACAUUAACCCCUGAAAUAACUGAAACAAUUAAACAACUAGCUCAGAGUGAAGCAGCACGUGAAAAUGAAACAUUGAGAAAAAAACAAACGGAGUUGGAGGAAGCAUUGAGACUUUCACAAGAGCAAAUGAUGCUUACUCAACAACAAAUUCAACAACAAGUGCAACAACAAAUACAACAACAAAUGCAACAACAAAUGCAACAAAUGCAACAAUUCUUUCGACAACAAUAUGGUGGUGGUGGAUUUGGAGCGGUUGGUAACCAAGGAGUAGUAGACGAGAAUGAUGAAGAAAACGUAAAUAAUGCGGACGACCCGGAUCCUAAGUGAAUAUUAUUUUGAAUUUAAAUAUUUUGGAUAAUCAUGAAUUUCUUUAUAUUAAUUAUUAAAU